GAUGAAGAUAACAUUAUGUCUACUUGUGGUAUUACUGGCUGCUCCCGCUGCAGCCUUUAUUCCUGAGAUGGUGGCAAGAUUGUGGCCUGAAUUGUCUGACAAGUUGGACAGCUUUAAUUCUAUUGCAAAGAUCCCCUACCUCUCCCUUCUGAACGAUGAUGCUUCCAUCGACAAACUACUGUUGGAAUCAAUGAAAGAAUACGGAUUUUUCUACGUAGUGGAUGUGGCCGACUAUGACGCUUCUGUCGAGCAGAAUUACAUGAAGCAAUUCUACGAUCUGGAUGAGGAUGUCAAGGACGAGCUGGCUAUCAGGAGACACAACCCCGCCAACAAGAACGCUUACAGAGGAUACUGCCCCGGACUUGACGAUGUUGAGAAUACCCUCCAAUACAAGAACCUCUACAACAUUGGACCCCACGAGACCCGAGCUGCAAGCUUCGAGAGUGACGACAUCCUCGAGAAACUCAGAUACGACUGCCAGGAACCCAACGUGUGGCCCGAGACUGGAAACUGCACCUUCGACAAAGGAUUCAAGGAGACCUUCCAGACUGGAUUUGAAAUCAGAAGGAACAUUGGACGAGCCUUCAUCAGGAGCAUUGCUCGAUCUAUGGAGUACCCCAACCUGCCCGCUCUCUUUUCUGAGGACGAGUUCUCUGCUAUGGGACUCAGAAAAUACCCCAUCCGAAGACAGAUCAACAGCAACAUGUACUCUGACUUUGACGGAACUCUCCUGAGAGAGCUAGAACACAUUGACUCUACCGUCACCGUCCUCUCCACCUUCAACAACGGUGGUCUUGAGAUCCUACACAAGAACCAGUACAGACCCGCCCCCGUGACAGGAGACAAUGCUUUCCUCGUCAACAUCGGAAAACUGGUAGAUGACCUCAUCGACAACAAGGUGCCCUCAGUCAGACACAGAGUUGCUGAAGUUGACUUUGAUAGAUACUCUAUCACCUAUUUCCUGGGACCCCAAUUUGAUGCCGAUAUCAGCCGUAGUAUGAGUGGAGCUAUCACCCAAGCCGGGCUCAAAUACAAAGUUUUCGGAGAGUGGAUCAAGGACUACCUUGGUGCUAUUGAGCUCUUCUACUACUAAACUGUGUUUGAAGUCUUGAAAUGGUAAAAUCGGAGCGGUUGCCACAGUAACACUAACAUUGGGACUGUGGAACAAACAAAAAAGAUAUUAAUACGGCAUGAAAAACUGACUGUUCUUGUAAUUUUAAUUACGAUGUUUGAAAAUAUAUUUUUACGAUCCUAAAAAUCACUGUAACCUUCCACUGAUGUGCAAUUCUAUAUUUUAUUUUAAGAGAUUUAUAUUAUUAAAAAUGUAACCUGCAUUAAAAAACGCUAA